AUGAUGGUCAUUCUCCUGAACUGUGUGACCCUCGGAAUGUUCCAGCCUUGCGAAGAUGUUGACUGCUCAACAGAUCGGUGCCAAAUUCUUCAGGUCUUUGAUGACUUCAUUUUUAUUUUCUUUGCAAUGGAGAUGGUGGUUAAAAUGGUGGCCUUGGGAAUCUUUGGAAAGAAAUGUUACCUCGGAGAUACGUGGAAUAGACUUGACUUCUUUAUAGUCAUGGCCGGGAUGGUGGAAUACUCUCUGGAUCUGCAGAACAUUAACCUGUCCGCUAUCCGAACGGUGCGGGUCCUACGCCCACUGAAGGCCAUUAACCGAGUACCUAGUAUGAGAAUCUUGGUAAACUUGUUGCUGGACACCCUGCCCAUGUUGGGAAACGUCCUCCUCCUCUGUUUUUUUGUCUUUUUUAUCUUUGGGAUCAUUGGCGUACAGCUGUGGGCUGGAUUGCUCAGAAACCGCUGCUUCCUGGAUGACAACUUUACUAUACAAGGUGACAUUAAGUUGCCGCCAUAUUACCAGCCUGAAGAAGACGAUGAAAUGCCGUUUAUAUGUUCUUUGUCUGGUGACAAUGGUAUUAUGGGUUGUCACGAGAUUCCACCUCUCAGGGACCGCGGUCACCAGUGCUGUUGGGAUAAAGAAGAUUACUACUAUUUUAAUGCCAAUCGUCUGGAUUCAAAUCAGACGGGCAUGUGCGUCAACUGGAACCAAUACUACAACGUGUGCCGUACCAGCAACACAAACCCACACAAAGGGGCAAUCAAUUUUGAUAACAUCGGCUAUGCCUGGAUCGUCAUUUUCCAGGUCAUCACGUUGGAAGGUUGGGUAGAAAUCAUGUACUAUGUGAUGGACGCGCACUCGUUCUACAACUUUAUCUAUUUCAUCCUGCUUAUUAUAGUGGGUUCGUUCUUCAUGAUCAAUUUGUGCCUAGUUGUUAUUGCUACUCAGUUCUCCGAGACCAAACAAAGGGAGCAUCAGUUAAUGCAAGAGCAGAGGGCCCUAUAUUUAUCUUCCAGUACAGUUGCCAGCUACGCCGAACCGGGAGAUUGCUAUGAGGAGAUCUUCCAGUACAUCUGUCACAUCUUACGAAAGGCCAAGCGCCGCACAGUAGGGCUUUACACCAGCAUCCAGAACCGUCGACAGAGCCAAUAUGAACUAAACAGCACAAAGCUCGGUGUUAAUGGGAAGGAACAGCACCAUAUAUGGCUAUGCCAGAAACACGGGCAGAUGGAUUACACACCUCAAGCCAUUGUCCAGCCCAUUGCAAUGACUCUGACCUCUGACCUCUCCAGCUGCCCACAGUGUACCAGAUGGGAGAGUGGGCACAAGCUCUCUGCCCAGGACAGCGUUGGAUCGAGCAGAGAGGAGACUAAGGAGCAGGAUAGCGAUAAGGGGAGCAGAAGUGGGGGGAGCACCUCAGAGCUUGAUAAGGAGGAAGAAGAAGACACUGAUGAAGGCCCUGUUAAAAAAGUGUGUGGAGAAAUAAAGGUGAAGCUGAGAGGGAUUGUGGACAGCAAGUAUUUCAACCGAGGGAUUAUGAUUGCUAUCCUUGUUAAUACAAUCAGUAUGGGUAUAGAACAUCAUGAGCAGCCUGAAGAACUCACAAAUAUCCUGGAAAUCAGUAACAUUGUCUUCACCAGCAUGUUCGCCCUGGAAAUGAUGUUAAAACUUUCUGCAUUUGGCUUAUUUGAUUAUCUCCGAAAUCCAUAUAACAUUUUUGAUGGGAUCAUAGUCAUAAUAAGCGUUUGGGAGAUUAUUGGACAGAAUGACGGAGGACUUUCUGUGCUGCGUACUUUUCGCCUCCUGAGGGUGCUGAAGUUGGUUAGGUUUAUGCCAGCACUGAGGCGCCAGUUGGUGGUCCUGAUGAAGACGAUGGAUAAUGUGGCAACGUUCUGUAUGCUUCUUAUGCUCUUUAUUUUUAUCUUCAGUAUACUGGGAAUGCACAUUUUCGGGUGUAAGUUCAGUUUAAGAACAGAUUCCGGAGAUACUGUCCCUGACCGGAAAAACUUUGACUCUCUGCUGUGGGCAAUCGUGACGGUGUUCCAGAUUCUAACACAAGAGGACUGGAACGUGGUGCUAUACAACGGAAUGGCCAGCACAUCUCCUUGUGCCGCACUUUACUUUGUGGCCCUGAUGACAUUUGGAAACUAUGUCCUUUUUAACCUUCUGGUCGCCAUCUUGGUUGAAGGGUUUCAAGCGGAGGGGGAUGCCAACAGAUCUUAUUCCGAUGACGAGAGAAGUUCAUCUAACUUGGAAGAUUGUGAGAAAUAUCGUGAAUCUCAGGCUGGUUCUGAUCCAAAGCUUUGUGCGGUUCCUAUGACGCCAAACGGACAUCUGGAAAAUACCCCGAACCAGCAGAUAUCCGGUGGCGUAAUGAAUACAUCACGAAAUUCUUUACAGAGGGACCAGAUGCUGGUAGCUAUGGGAUGCAGAAAAAGCAGUGUUAUGUCUUUGGGAAGAAUGACUUAUGACCAGAGGUCACAGGCUGGUUCUCGCGCAUCUCAUUGGGGGCGCACCGGUGCAUGGGGAAGCCGCAGAUCAAGUUGGAAUAGCUUAGGGCGCCGCCCUAGUGUUAAACCGAGACCAUUGACCGCAGAGCAUGAAUCGCUACUCUCCCGUGGAGAUGAACACAGAAGCCAUUCCAGAAGAACGUCUAGCUUAAAACACAGCAGAACUAUGUCACUGGAGAAUAAGGGGUCCCAAGAUAUUCCCGAACAAGCUCAGACCAAUCACAAAAUAUCAGGAAAAGUAUGCGCAAUACUAGGGGAACACCAUGAUGUUAUUGCCCGAACCCCAAAUAUCAUGAAAGAUGUUUUCCCCAAAAUGAACAAUCGAAAAGAUAAAGAAGAAGAAGAGGUUGAUUAUAGUUUGUGUUUCCGGAUAAGAAAGAUGAUCGAGGCGUAUCGCCCAGACUGGUGUGAACUGCGCGAGGAUUGGUCCAUAUACCUUUUCUCUCCUCAGAAUAGGUUUCGCAUGAUGUGCCAGACUAUAAUCGCGCACAAGCUUUUUGAUUACGUGGUCCUUGCGUUCAUCUUCCUUAACUGCAUAACUAUCGCUCUUGAAAGGCCGCAGAUUGAACAAAAGAGUACGGAACGACUGUUUCUGAGUAUAUCAAACUAUAUAUUCACAGCCAUAUUUGUAGCAGAGAUGACAUUGAAGGUGGUCUCUCUUGGCCUUUACUUCGGAGAUCAAUCGUACCUGCGUAGCAGCUGGAACAUUCUAGAUGGUUUCCUUGUCUUCGUGUCCCUCAUUGAUAUUGUGGUGUCUGUGGCAUCAGCUGGCGGAGCAAAGAUUCUGGGCGUUUUGAGGGUUCUGCGACUUCUUCGAACAUUGCGGCCUCUCAGAGUUAUCAGCCGGGCGCCAGGUCUAAAGCUGGUGGUUGAGACACUUAUUUCAUCUCUAAAACCCAUUGGAAACAUUGUCCUGAUCUGCUGCGCAUUUUUUAUAAUCUUCGGAAUACUCGGUGUCCAGCUCUUUAAGGGUAAAUUUUUCUACUGCCUUGGGGUCGAUGUUCGGAAUGUUACCAACCGGUCAGAUUGCGAGGCAGCCAACUAUAAAUGGGUACAUCAUAAGUACAACUUUGACAAUCUGGGGCAGGCCCUAAUGUCACUUUUUGUGUUGGCUUCUAAAGAUGGCUGGGUGAACAUUAUGUAUAAUGGUCUGGAUGCAGUUGCUGUGGAUCAACAGCCAGUGACCAAUCACAAUCCUUGGAUGCUGCUAUAUUUCAUUUCUUUCCUGCUCAUCGUCAGCUUCUUUGUGCUGAAUAUGUUUGUUGGAGUUGUGGUAGAAAACUUCCAUAAGUGCCGCCAGCACCAGGAAGCAGAAGAAGCGAAGAGAAGGGAAGAGAAACGUCUCAGGCGCUUGGAGAAAAAACGAAGGAAAGCCCAGCGGUUGCCAUACUAUGCUCAUUACUGCCCUGCGCGCCUCCUGAUACAUACCGUUUGCACUAGCCACUAUCUGGAUAUCUUCAUUACAAUCAUUAUUUGCCUUAAUGUUAUUACAAUGUCGCUUGAGCAUUACAGCCAGCCAAGGUCUCUGGAAGUGGCCCUAAAAUAUUGUAACUACAUGUUUACUACGGUGUUUGUACUGGAAGCGGUAUUAAAACUAACGGCCUUUGGAUUCAGACGUUUCUUCAAGGACAGGUGGAACCAGCUGGACCUGGCUAUCGUGCUCCUGUCAGUCAUGGGAAUUACUUUAGAGGAAAUUGAGAUUAAUGCUGCUUUACCUAUCAAUCCCACCAUCAUCCGCAUUAUGAGGGUCCUACGCAUCACCCGGGUGUUGAAGCUACUAAAGAUGGCAACUGGAAUGAGAGCGUUACUGGAUACCGUGGUACAAGCCCUUCCGCAGGUAGGGAAUCUCGGGCUUCUGUUUAUGCUUCUGUUCUUUAUCUACGCGGCGCUGGGAGUGGAGCUCUUCGGAAAACUUGUUUGCGAUGACGAUCACCCGUGUGAAGGAAUGAGCAGACACGCCACGUUUGAAAAUUUUGGGAUGGCUUUUCUAACCCUGUUUCAGGUUUCUACUGGUGACAACUGGAAUGGGAUAAUGAAGGAUACGUUACGUGACUGCACCAAUGAUGAUCGCAGCUGCCUGAGCAACCUCCAGUUUAUCUCGCCCUUGUAUUUUGUGAGCUUUGUGCUCACAGCCCAAUUUGUCCUAAUUAACGUUGUGGUCGCCGUAUUAAUGAAACACUUAGAUGAUAGCAAUAAAGAAGCUCAGGAGGACGCUGAGCUGGAUGCUGAGAUAGAAAUGGAACUGGCUCAUGGUCUGUGCUCACAAACCUCUCCAGCCAUUGGUCUGGACAACGGAAGCCGAGGAGGAAGGCCGGCCCCCGAGGAGCGUAGUGGUAUAAGAUGCUUUUCUCCUGUGCAGGUCCAGCUGGCAGAAACGGAGGCUUUUUCUUUGACCUCUGACAAGUCCUCUUCUGUGUUGACUGAUGAUCUAAGCUCAGAAGAUCACGGUGUCGCAAAUCAGUUAAAGGAGAUAAAGGAUGGACAGGACAGUCCAGACUCUCUGGGAAUUGAAGGGUUUAGCGAAAAUCUCUUUCCCCUAUCGAGUAUCCCUGGUUCCCCGACUGCUGAACGCUAUCUGUGUGAGAUUGAUAAAGUUUCAUUAUCCCCUGCCCAGUCCUGGGACAGCUGGCUGAAAGCUGAAAAUAACCCAGUCUCUCGACCUUCCCUCUCUCCAGAUACACUGUUGCCGGUUCCGGCAGAAUUCUUUCACCCCUCCAUCCCCAGCACAGAAAAAAAUCCUGAUGACCCAACACAUCAUAAAAGCCUCCCAAAGCUGUCAUCAAGCGAGUCCUGGGCCACUCUACGAUCCCCAAAUGUCAACUGUGCGCUACUUAUGCAGGCAACACAAAGUAACUCCUCCAUGGAAAGUGGUAGUGCGACCUCAGAAGACAGUCUACAGACCACCCUAGAGGAUAGUUUGAAUCUUAGUGACUCUCCCCAGUGUACUUUGGAUCUCCCCGACCUUCGUGUAGCCCCUGCCUCUCAUUGUUCUACUCUGCCCAUUUCUUCACUUUCCAUGAUGCCGAGGAGGAGCAAUCGCCCAAACUUUUCUCUUCAGAAGGUCCGCCAGCACCAACGGAGCCAUAGCAGUGGAGGUAGCACGAGCCCUGCAUGUACACUUCAUGACUCCAUGGACCCUUCAGAUGAAGAAGGGGCAGGAGGUAGUCUUAGAGGAACAAGUGAACCCUCAGAAACUCUUAGCAGCCUAUCCCUUACCUCUUUAUUUUCCCCACCUCCAUCCUUAGCGCCGCCUGGUGGUGUCAUGAAAAAAUGCAGCAGUGUCAAUAGUCUUUCUGUUGCCCCUUCCAGGGUAAGUGGAGCUAAACAGUUUUACGCAGUUGAUCCACAGGGCUUCCUUUCCAUGCCAUCAUGGGUGAUGGACUUUUACCAAACUCCUUCUCCUACAGAAAAUCAAGAGAAACGUAGAAGUACUGGGAAACCACCAACUGUUGAAAGGGGGGUACCUACCAGUAGUGUCUCAGGAAAUGUGGAUUUUGGCAAUAAUAGUCGGAGAAACAGAUGAGAUUGAUUGAACUGGCGGGGUCAAGUUUUCUGGGGAUAAAUUCCUAACGCCACAAAACAGACGGGGGUGUGGGAAGCCUUAUGGCUCUCAAAACAGACCGUCAGGGAACGCUACAUUACCUCACUGUGUGAGUCAGCCGAGCAAUGCAACCGAAGACGUUUGAGGUUACGACAGCUGAGCUAUCGCGCUCUGAAAACGUGGAGAACUGCUGUACUGUAACCGGCCUACACGGUUAUUAAAGAUAGAAUGAAUAUAUAUCAUUAUAUAUAUUAUUUUAUUUAUAUAUAUAUAUAUUAUUUUUACUCUCUCUUGGGACUUCUUGAGCGUUUGUAUAAUAUAAAACAAAACAAAAAAAAAAACAUUUUUGUGGCAAUACUGAAGGAGAGUUAAUGGGUUGGAGUUUUGAUAUUUUUGAGAUUUUUGGGAUCUUUUUCCUGUAAAAAAAGAAAUACGCACAUGACAUAUUCUUUGCCAUUAGAUAGGUGAAAGAACAGUAGAUACAAAACAUUAUGUUCUUUGGUCCCAUGUGUUGCUAAUUAACCUGUUAUGUCCAUUUAAUUGAAGAUGUGUUUAUAUGAUCACUUGAGCUAUUGUGACAAUAAUCUUUGUUAUGUUACAAACGUACAACACAAUUUCAGACACAUAAUUUCUUCUACCAAGUAAAACCCAAGCCUCCUUGUUUUACACCUGCAAUAGAUAACAUUUUAGAUUUUAUUUCUUACCAUAGUAAUGUAAAACCUCUUAGGAAUGGGGCAUUUAAUUUGAACAUGACAUGUUAGCAUCUUGCAAACAGUAAGGGCAUCUAUGUAGCAUUAGUCCCCAACACCUUGUCACACUAAGGCUUAGAUCAAGGGAAUGAUAACUCAAUGCACAUAUAUAGUAUUCACUAUUUAGGGAUCCCAAUCUUUUUGGAAUUCUGUGUUUAACAAGAUUAAGUAUAAAUCCUAUUGUCACUAUAGCGAGAUCUUUCAGGUGUCUGAUGUUGAUUGAAGGAUGGGUCCCACUCUUCAGACUAUUGAACAUGUUGGAACAUAAAUUCUCAAUGCCUAGUCUGUAAACUCUCUGAUCCAUUACUCAGCAGUUCUUCAAUAAAGGGCUUUGAACGAC